AUGUUUGCCUCUGUUGGUGUCUCGGAGGAACAGGUGUUUGGUGACCUGUACCUCGCCUGGCUCAAAGACACGGGGGAGAAGAACAGCAAUGACUCACGCAAGCUCUUUCGUGAGGUGGUGGAGCGCGGCUUUGGGGAGCGUCAAAUUAUUUUGCGUAAAGAGCGCCUGGGCGCAAACGUUGCGGCGAGUCUCGCGGCGCUGCUGCAUC